GUCCACGGCAGACAUGCAAGCAGAUUCCCGCAGCGGACCACGUCAGAAACCAUCCAGGCCAUCGCGGUGCCCCUCAGGGUUCUAACACUCCAUAAACCCCCACAACUGCCCCUUGCCCAAGCUGCCACAUCCUAGUCUAUAAAGACGGGUUCAAGAGGUAUCAUGGGAAGAGAGCCAGUUGCCGCCGGCAUCGGACACCUCACACCACUUUGUCAAAGUCUGCGAGGGUCCAUUUCUCUUAUUCCUGAAGAUCGGCACUUUUCCGGAUAAAGACUGAUAAGACCUCGCGUUGAAGGCGGUGAGAAGACCUGAGGUGACAGCUACAAGGUCCCCGUCGUCUCAACAAUUUCCCCUAUCCUGUCCCGCGUCCAAAAGACAAUCCUGGUAGUCACGGGCUGAGCUUUAUUAGAACAACGCUUCCCACAUCUUCACUGUUCUUACCUGGCUUCACCCGCUUUCAUUCCAUAAUCUUUAAUUCCAAAACCCGUCUUUUUCCUCAACUCCAAGCUUCCAAACUAGCCAUCAUGUCUACCGGUCUUCCCUCCGUCUACAUCGUUUCUGCCGCCAGAACCCCUGUGGGGUCCUUCCUUGGUCAGCUUUCCAGCCUCUCUGCUGUUCAGCUCGGUGCCCAUGCCAUCAAGUCUGCCGUUGACCGCGUUCCCGAAAUCAAGGCCGAGGAUGUUGAGGAGGUCUUCUUUGGCAAUGUCCUCUCUGCUGGUGUCGGUCAGGCUCCUGCCCGCCAGUGCGCCCUGAAGGCCGGUCUCUCGAACAAGGUGGUUGCCACCACCGUCAACAAGGUGUGCGCUUCCGGCAUGAAGGCCAUCAUCCUUGGCGCCCAGACCAUCAUGACUGGCAAUGCAGACAUCGUUGUCGCUGGCGGCACCGAGAGCAUGUCCAACGUCCCCCACUAUAUGCAGAACCUCCGCACUGGUGUCAAGUACGGCGACGGCGGCCUUGUCGACGGUAUCCAGUCCGACGGUCUCCGUGAUGCAUAUGGCAAGGAGCUCAUGGGUGUUCAGGCCGAGCUCUGCGCCAAGGACCAUGAACUGAGCCGUGAGGCCCAGGACGAGUAUGCCAUCAACUCGUACCAGAAGGCCCAGGCCGCCACCGAGGCUGGUCUGUUCAAGGAGAUUGCACCUAUCGAGGUCCCGGGUGGCCGCGGCAAGCCUGCCAUCAAGAUUGACCGCGAUGAGGAGGUCAAGAACCUCAACAUCGAGAAGCUCAAGUCCGCCCGUACCGUCUUCCAGGCCAAGGACGGUACCGUCACUGCUCCCAACGCCUCCCCCAUCAACGAUGGCGCCGCUGCCGUUGUUCUUGUCUCCGAGGCUAAGCUCAAGGAGCUUGGUAUCAAGCCCAUCGCCAAGAUCCUUGGCUGGGGCGAUGCUGCUCACGAGCCUGAGCGCUUCACAACUGCCCCGGCUCUUGCCAUUCCCAAGGCCAUCAAGCAUGCCGGUAUCAAGGAGGAGGACGUUGACUUCUACGAGAUCAAUGAGGCUUUCUCUGUUGUUGCCCUUGCCAACAUGAAAAUCCUUGGCCUCGAGCCCGAGAAGGUCAACGUCUAUGGUGGCUCCGUUGCCAUCGGCCACCCUCUUGGCUGCUCCGGUGCUCGUGUUGUCACUACCCUCACCUCCGUCUUGGCUGAGAAGAAGGCCAGGAUUGGCUGCGCUGGUAUCUGCAACGGUGGCGGUGGUGCUUCUGCCAUCGUUAUCGAAAACUUGCAGUAAGUGGUUGGCGCUUGUGUCUCGAUCGUUCUAUAUACCCACAUAUCUUUCCACAUGGCUCGCGGGGCGGAGUUUUGCAGAACGAAAAAGCAUACAUGCCUUGUGAUUACCACAUGAGGAUAACAUUCUAAUAAAAAGUUUUGAUGAUUAAUGAUAGAUCGACAACUAGCUUGCCUUUCGCUAAGUCAAGCCUUUAAUAAUACUAAAACCCAACCCAUACACGGGAGAUUGUUCUCGACGUAAUUCAGACCAUAGCUGUCAUACAAAGAGUUGAUAUCAUUCGAAACCAUGACGGAUUUGAAUUCACUGCUUUGCGACUCAUGAAGAGACACGAAUUCGAUUUUGGGAUGGAUGUGGUUCAAACCCCAAUAAAUUCAUGGCUUAAGUGACUGCGCACUUGCUUAUACACUGGGCCGCCACGCCUUGAUGCAACUGUCCUCUCCGGCAGUAAAUACUACUUGCUGCUCAUCAACAAAGCAAAAGCUGCGAACAAUCUCGGAUCCAUGUGCCCCCGGAAGACCUACCACAGUCUCACUAUCCAGGCUCCAUGAAGCACCAUUCUUCGAUAGAUGGAUCAACCGGAACAGUUCUUGACUAUUCGUCCCCCCCAUACGUGGUUAGCACAUACUCAAAAGCUGGUUUUUCACCAAAAAGUGGCAAAGUUGUCCCAGGGAAUAAACUCACUCCUGUGUUCCGGCACCAAUUACCGCUCCAGCACCCGUCACCUUCGGGAUAACGUUGCACAAAUACUGGCAAUCCACCACCUUGCGAAUGUCGCCCAGGUCGAGCGUCGGCGAGCCCUUCUCAACCGUCUCGCCCAUGUCGUACAGCGCGAACCGCUCGUCGUGCGACACGGCGUACACCUCGGUCUCGUUCAGGAAGCCGGCCCGGUGCACGGAGCCGUGGUUGAAGGCCGCGAUGACCACUUCGUC